UUUCAAAUUUCAAAAUACACUCUUUACUAUCCCCCUCUUCUUCUUUGCCUUUCCACUUUUCUUCCUAUUUUUUUUUAAUUUAAAAAAAAACCCUAAAAACUCUAAUCUCUUCUCAAUCUAUAUGUAAAAACCCUAAAAAACAUGUCAUCAAUGGCAGCAACCACAAGAAGAAGAAGCUUCGACCCAGAUAUCACUCGAUGGGUAAUCGAAUUCAUACUCCGUCAAUUACAAAUCCCAGUCCUCACAAUCAACAAAAUCCUCACCAACCGUCACGUCCCGUUAUCAAACACCAGCCCUCGUUUCAAAAAAACCCUUCUUCUCCGUCAAAUCGAUGCCGACAUCGAAGACGGUUCGGUUUCUGAGAAAACCCUUGAUGCGAUUGAGAUGGUCGAACAAAUUGAUAGGAAUGAGGGGGACUUGAUAAUGGAUUCGAUGAAGAAUGCUUAUUGUGCUGUGGCGGUGGAGUGUACGGUGAAAUAUAUGCUGGGAAAUUUACAGAGGGCGAGAAAGGGGAAGUUUUUGGAGGCGGUGGAGAGGGUUUGGAAGAAUAGGGUUGCUGGGUUGAAGAGAGAGGGGAAGAGUGAGUUGGUGACGGGUAAAUUGAUGAAAUAUUUUGAGGAAAUGGAAGUGGCGUUGAAGGAUGAUGUGGUCGCUAAGAGGUGGUUGAGAAUGAAUACUAGGAAUGAGGCUGCGGAGAUGGUUAGGAUUUAUUUAGGGGAAGCUGUUGCGGUUAGUGGGCCGGUGUUUGUUGAGAUGGUUGCGAGGAUGGAGAUGAGAGGGGAUGGUGGUCUUCUGUGUAGGAAGAGAGGGGAGGGUGAAAAUGAGGGAGUUGAAGUAAAUUUGGGUGGUGGGGAGUUGAAUGGGUUCGUGGAGAAAAGUAGGGAGGGAGGUGGUGGUGAAAAUGGGGCGGCGGGAGUUAAUGUGGGUGGCGGGAGGGUUUGUAUUGAUGUUGAUGCUGGAGAGGGAUGUUCGAGGUUGGCUGAUGGAAAUCUGGAGUUGGGGCCUGCUGAUAUGCCUGCAAAGGAAAGUAGGGAGGGAGGGGGUGGUGAAAAUGGGGCAGUGGAAGUCAAUGUGGGUGGCGGUAGGGUUUGUAUAGAUGUUAAUGCUGGAGAGGGAUGUUCGAGGUCAGAUGACGACAAUUUGGAGUUGGGUCCUGCUGAUAUGCCUGCAAAGAAAAGCAGCGAAAUUCAGAAGAACAAUAUGGUUCGUAAACACAGGCAUGUUGUUCCAAUCAAACGCUCUAAAGGUCCUGUCAAGAUCACAAAUACAGAAACUGCAGUAGGGGUCGUAGCAUCUAGUUUGUAUGAUACUAUAACUACUGAUAAAGUGAAUACAGCGCGAGGAAAACUCAUAGCUAGCUCUAAGGAGCUGCGAGCAAGGGUUAAGGAUCCUCUUCCUGAUACCAUAAAGCAGGCUGAUAAUAUAAUGGUUGAAAUGGCAAGGAACUUAUCUAAUCAGGGUACUUUAGCUGAAAUACAAAGUGGAAAAAGUGCAGAUACUGUUAUUUCUGAACUGGCUAGAAAAAUAAUAAAUCCUGAUCCUCCAGGAAAAAACCAGAAUGGAAAAGAUGCAGGAUCAUCCUUCCUUUCAGCUAAUCAGACUGCUGUGCCUUCAGCUCAGAAUCAGUGUGGCAAAGAUACUGAUGCAUGUAAUCCUUCAGCCAAUCACACUGUUGAACCUUUUGCAGAAAACCCGAAUCAAUCAGAAGUGGAUGCAGCCAAUCAUUUCACCAACCAAACUGCUGUACCUUCAAUAAGAAAUGAGAAGGGAAAAGGCAUGGAUGCUCCUAAUCUUUCAGCUAAUCUCAGCAAAAAGGCUAACACUGGAGUCGCAUCCUGCAGCCAUCAGAAUAAUGUUUCUAAACCUAGCUUAAUGGAGCGGAAUGCUACUGCUCGUACCUUUGAGUGGGACGAUUCAAUAGAUGACUCUUCUGAAGGAACAGGAGAUCAGAUGAAUAGAAUUCAUUUAGAUAGCCCAAAGAGAAAGGCUGUCUCUCCAUUGAAGAAAUAUGAACUGGCAAGGUUUGCUAAGAGGAGAAAACCUAAGAGGUGGAGUUUGGAGGAGGAAGAUGCCUUGAGGGAGGCUGUAAAGAAGUAUGGCAAAGGAAACUGGAAGCUGAUCUGGAACUCUAGACGUGAUGUGUUUCAAGAGAGAACUGAGGUUGAUUUGAAGGAUAAGUGGAGGAACAUGACAAGAUAUGGUUGAUACUGUCAGCAAGUUAGAGUUCGCUUUCUUUUGUUUGUUGCUCAAGAUAAAAGUCUAGCACUCUUGCCCCCCUUUUUAGGUUUCCUACUAGUCAUAUCCAUAUGGUUUUUGUAAGUAUUUCCUCGUGAAGGAAAUCUGUGUAGUGUGAAGUAAACUUUGACUAGUGGACUAAAUUGGAAAUGAAAUGUAUAUGUAGUUUCUGUAAAAAACCACGGACUUGCUGGAUGAAAGGUCCCUUGAAAAAUAUACCAGUAGCUUCUUGUC